AGAGGCCUCUGGCUUCGGUCCGCUGUACAGGCCGAUCGUGACGUCCGGCAGUGCACGAUGGCCCACCGCCGAGGACAGUUGUGGGCUCUGUCGCUGCUGCUCACUGUCUUUUCAUCUAUAGCAGAAAAUCCUGUGGCCAGAGUAAAAAGACAGAACUGUGGAGCACUAAACUUCCAGUGUCAGAAUGGAGAAUGCAUAGAGCGCUUCAAAGUUUGUGAUGGAGCUACUGACUGUUCAGAUAAAUCUGAUGAAAAUCAAGUGACGUGCAAGACAAUUCGCUGCCCUGAAUUCUCAUUCCGAUGCAGUUAUGGUGGAUGCAUUGAUGAAUUUAAAAAAUGUGAUGGGCAACAGGACUGUGCAGAUAAUUCAGAUGAACUCUUAUUGGAAUGUCCAAACAUCCCAAAGCCAACAAAUGGGACAUGUCAGAAAAGACAAUUUCACUGUAACUCUGGUGAAUGUAUUGAUGACGCUUCUCGCUGCGACGGCACUAAGGACUGCAAGGAUGGAUCUGAUGAGACAUUGAUUCAGUGUUCAGCCAUAAGUUGCUCUGAUGCAUUCUUCCGCUGUGCAUAUGGUGCAUGUGUUGAUGAGAAUGCAGCUUGUGAUGGUACCGUACAGUGUGAAGGUGAUGGCUCAGAUGAAGCCCCUGAGCUCUGUGGGACAUCUCCAGCUCCAAAGUGCACACUUCCACUGAAGCAUGAAAAUGGUGGCUACAAAGUGGUUGGCUGUGAAUCUCAAUCUUGUGGCCUGGGACCUGGAGCACAAGUACCUUUUGGCACACAGCUGGAGUUCUUCUGUGAUGAAGGAUAUCACAUAAGCGGACUCAGUGCGUCCUAUUGCUUUGAUAAGACCUUCACUCCGCCACCACCAGUUUGUGAGAAGACUCAGUGUCCUCCUCUGGUAUAUGAUUCACUUGAUAUCAAGUGUUUCUCAAGCACUGGCCAGAAGAUUCCAUGUGAUAAACCCAUGUCUAUUGGCAGCAAAGCACAACUUGCAUGUAAAAAAAAUUAUGUUAAAACUGUGGAGUUCAACUAUCCUGCUCUCACGUGCACCAGUAAUGGUACAUGGGAUAACCAACCAUUCACUUGUGUUCCAGAAUGUGGAAAACCAAUUCCAAAAGGGCAAACAUAUGUCCUUAAUGGAAGGCCUGUAUUAGCUGGGGAGUUUCCAUGGCAUGUUGGUAUAUACUUACUUGAAAAUGGUAAAUUUGAACAAAAGUGUGGUGGAUCCAUCAUAAAAAGAAAGCUGGUUUUAACUGCUGCUCACUGUUUUGUAAAAUCAAAAGAUCCUAAAGAUUACAUGAUCGGAGCUGGCAAAUACCACAGAGGAUGGGAUGUAAAGGAUGAAACAGAGCAACGAUUUGAAGUUGAAUCAAUUGAGGUAAUAGAUACAUAUGAAGCAGCUACACGAAAUUAUGCAGAUGACAUUGCUAUAAUAGUUUUGAAAAUUGAAAUAACAAUCUCUGAUUUUGUGAGACCAGUUUGUGUAGAUCUGGAAAGUAAAUACGACAGGGAACAGCUGUCUUCUGGAAAUAGUGGCUCUGUUGCUGGCUGGGGUUACACUGAAAGUGGAGCACCAAGUGAGACACUCCUAACAACCCAGUUGCCAUUUAUUGAGUUCAAGCAGUGUUACAAACUACUUCCUUUGUCUUUUAAACCUUACUUUACUCCUGACAAAUUCUGUGCAGGAUAUAUAAAUGGCUCUGCAGUCUGCCAAGGUGACAGUGGAGGUGGCUUGUCAUUUGAGCAGGAGGUAACAGCCUCAACAAAACAAUGGUUCAUUCAGGGAAUAGUGAGUUUGGGUGUUCCGUCAAGAGGAGGGAAAGUAUGUUCAAGUCAGAGGGCUCUUUUCACAAAAGUGAACAAUUUUUUGAACUGGAUCAAGAUAUACUAUGACAAAUAUUAAAACACAGUGACAUUGUAAAACAUGUGCCAUAAUUAAAUGUGGAAGAACUUUAAAUAUUCUGGAUUCCACUUAACAUAAA